AUGAAGAAGAAGAAUAAGGAGGACCUGUACAAGGAGAACAAAUUGGAGGCAUCGAAAUUGAGGAUCGCCAUCGUCAGCACAGAUAAGUGCAAACCAAAGAAGUGUCAUCUGGAAUGCAAGAAAAAUUGUCCAAUAGUUAAAACGGGAAAAUUCUGCAUAGAAGUAGAGCACGCCUCGAAGAUAGCAUACAUAAGUGAAACCCUCUGCAUUGGCUGCGGUAUAUGUGUGAAGAAGUGCCCUUUCGCCGCCAUAACAAUUAUCAACCUACCAAAGGAUAUAAACAAAGAUGUCGUCCAUAGAUAUGGACCGAACACCUUUAAACUUCAUAGAUUACCUGUACCAAAGUUAGGGCAAAUAUUAGGUCUUGUGGGAACAAAUGGAAUAGGAAAAUCAACAGCCCUAAAAAUUUUAUCCUCUAAAUUGAAGCCGAAUUUAGGGAAAUUUAGUAAUCCUCCAGAAUGGAGAGACAUCUUAUCCUUCUUCCGUGGAAAUGAGCUGCAAAUAUUUUUUACAAAAUUAUUGGAAGAGCAACUUACGCCAAUUAUAAAACCACAAAAUGUAGAUUUAAUUCCAAAACAAAUUAAAGGGAAUAUCUUAGAAAUAAUAAAUAAGAAGGAUAAAUUGAAUAGAAAAGAUCAAUAUAUGAGUGCACUGGAGUUAGAUCACUUACUAGAUCGAAACGUAGAAGAUUUAAGUGGAGGAGAGUUGCAAAGAUUUGCCCUACUGUUAUCCAUCAUUGGACAAACAACAAAUGUAUACAUGUUCGAUGAACCGAGUAGUUACCUUGAUAUAAAACAACGUAUAUCGAUGGCUAAAAUUAUUCACAGCUUAGUUAGACAUGAUAAUUAUAUCAUCGUUGUAGAACACGAUCUUUCCAUUUUGGAUUACCUAAGUGAUUAUGUAUGUUGCCUUUGGGGAAAGGCAGGGGCAUACGGAGUGGUCACUUCUCCCUUUUCUGUUCGAGAAGGUAUUAAUGUCUUCCUCGAUGGAUUCGUUCCAACUGAUAAUCUACGAAUAAGAGAAGAAUCGCUAAAUUUUAAGCUAGCCACAGAUCAAGACGUAACAGAUGAAGAUAAAAAAAGGCUCCAUUUUUAUAAUUACCCAACUAUUAAAAAAACGCUAAAUAGUUUCACCUUAACAAUUGAUAAAGGAAUUUUCUCCGAAUCAGAAAUAUUUGUUCUAUUGGGACAAAAUGGAAGUGGAAAAAGUACAUUCAUACGCCUCUUUGCUGGACUCAUCAAACCAGAUAAUGUAGAAAGUCUCAGUUUCCUUGAAUCCCUUAGCGUUUCCUACAAACCACAGCAAAUACAGGCAAAGUAUACAGGCACGGUUAGACAACUCCUCAUGUCCAAAUUAAAAGGGUUAUACACAGAUCCUUAUUUUAAUAAUGAAAUAAUUAAGCCUCUAAAAAUUGAAGGCAUUCUCGAUAAUCAAGUAUUGACCCUAUCAGGAGGAGAGUUACAGAAAGUUGCCAUUAUCAUAACGCUCGCGAAAAAUACCAACAUCUACCUCAUCGAUGAACCCUCUGCCUAUUUAGAUUCCGAACAAAGAAUUAUUGUCUCCAAAAUUAUUAAGCGAUUCAUUCUUAAUACAAACAAAACUGCCUUUGUAGUGGAGCAUGAUUUUAUUAUGGCUACCUACUUGGCCGAUCACGUCAUAGUCUUCGAUGGUCAGGCUGGAGUCAAUACCAUCGCCAAUACACCACAAACCCUUGUAGCAGGUAUGAAUAAGUUUCUUAAAAUUAUUGAUGUUACAUUUAGGAGAGACCCCACCAACUAUCGACCCAGGAUAAACAAGUAUGACAGUGUCAAGGACAAGGAGCAGAAGCUCAACGGUACCUACUUCAUCAUCGACGAGUAA